GAAUGUCUAUUAACAGCGAUAUGUUUCUAUCUUUUAGACGCAAUUCCGUUGUUUGCUGUUUUCUCCUGGUGAAAAUGUCAGAAAGCGUCAGAACCUUUUUGCAUAUCAAUCUGACGUGAAAAGCUGUUGUACGAUUACUAGAUUGACAAGGUUUAAAUGUGAUCCAGCUGAUAAGGUACAGAUGAUCCUGACAACGUCCUAAAACGAUGAGAAAACGAUUUCGAAUCGGCUUUGCUUACGUUUGCCUGCUGUCGAUUCUUCUUAACGUGAUUCCAUAUGUUCUUGCUGGGAAAAGUCAGGAGUACUCGUACAGUGGGAAUAUUCUAAAGGAUGAAUUGGCUGCCGCUCGAAAAAAGGAUCAAGAUAAGAAUGCCGAUUACGAUAUGGACCAUCGAGAUGAAACUGAGAGAGUGGUUUUAAAUCGUAAAAAAAGAUCCAACGACGAGAUCAAUCCUUCGAGGGGCGAGAGAGACGCGACCGAUAAUGAUCCUGCGGCUUCCGGUUCAGAAAAACAAGAAGAGAACUCUGACGUGAAGCUGAUUAGCGAUACCAGCGGAAGAAGAAAAUCUGUUAACGUUAAGGAAAAGCGUAACGUCGCGCGAUCAUCGAAAAAACGAUCUCCUAAUCGAAAGAUAUCGUCUGCUAGCCAAAAAGGAUCUUUGGAUUCACGAGUUCAGUUGUCCAACCUGAACGAUAAGGUCAAUCAGGAUAACGGGGAGUAUGGUCCUGUUGAUGAUUCUCGUGUGGAAUCUGAUGACGGUAGUUAUGACGACGAUGGACCAUCCGCAGUUGAUGACGAGACUGUUGGACAAUCUGAUAAAGGGGAUGCUCCAGGUAACGAUGCUAGAUCGUCAGAUGAAAGUUUGGAGAAGAUUGACAGUGAUCGUGUAUCCUUGGAUGGUGAUCCUGAAGCGAAGAUUGUUAAGAGGGAUGUUGACAGGGAGGAGGAAUACGAGGAAAUUGAUGAUCGGGAUGCUGUAAGGAAUUCCGUUGGUCUUACUAGUGAGCUUGAACAAGAUCCGGGAUCGGGCAAUGAGGAAGCCUUAAGGAAUUCUGAUAAGGCGAGGACUGCCAAAUUGGUGAAUAGGGAGAGAGACAGUGAGAACGUGGAGGAGCAGGAGGGUGAAAUUUUGAAAAGAGGUACCGGAGGAGUUUUGGAAAAUUCGAAGGAUGAAAAUCAAGAGAAAAAAGAUAGUUUGAAGAGUGACCCUGAUCAGGGUGAAUCGAGGGAGCCUAGUGAGGAUUUAAAGAGAAGUAUGAAAUUCGAUAGCGGAAAGAAUAAUGAAAAUUUGAAUGACGAGCCUGCUGCGAGUGGCGAUAGUAAUUUGGAAAUUUCGAAAAAUUCUGGAAAUCAAAAUUUGGACAGUACGAAGGAUAGCGAGGAUUCGAAAAGAGAGAGAAAAGAAGUUAACGAAAAGGGAGUGUCCAAGGAAUCCGAAGAACAACCCGGAAAUACCUCGAAGGACAAGGAAUCAGAAUCAAAUUUGGAAAACGAGAACGCUUUUGAAAAUGUAAGAUCAGACGAAGGAAACGUGGAUAUGGAUACUAAGGAUGGGGAAUCCGAGGCUGAUUAUGAAAAAAGGGUGGAAAGACAGAUUCAGAGAAAAAUCGAUUCGAUAAAGGAAGAGAUAAAACGCGAAGUCGAGGAGAAGCAGAAAGUUCGAGAAAUUGAGGAAAACAAUGAAAAGUACGACGAGCUGCAGAGCCAAGAGGACGAGGAUGAGAAUUCCCAAAGUUUGGACACUGCACUGGAAGAGCAACAGCAGCAGGCCUCAAAGAGAUCUGCAAGACAAGUAGCCUCCAAGAGACCUCUUGAAAGAUCAAGAAGACGCAUUUCCAAAAGAGCAGCAAGAUCAGAAAAUCCCAACGUGGAGCAACAGCUUCGAGAAAUCGAAAAAGUGGAUAAACUCGACCCCAGCGUCUACGAGAAGGCUCACCUGCUGCACGAAAGUAUUCGAAAAAGAUCGACGCCAUUGAAAAGUGACGUUUCGGAUUCUCGAGACGAGAAUAAAUUUUUUGUAAAAAAACGUGAGGUGCCAAGACGCGUGACGUUGGUCGAGAGUGAACCGCUGAAAAAUCGAAGAAAGCGUAAAAGCAAGAGACCCAUCAUGAUCCCGGAACAGGCCCAAGUCAGCAUCCAGGAUGAUCUUCCAUCGGACCUCAUGCUGGACCCAAAUCUCAAGCUGAAUCCAUCGGGUAUGGAUUCAUCCCGGAUCAAAAGGAAUGCCCCAGGAUACGAGAGAAGCAGAAGAUCCGGUGCUGCAGCUUCCAGACGUCGCGGAUCCUCCUUGAGGUACAGACCUCAGCUGGACGACGAGAAUGACGACGGGAACGAGUUCGAUGACAACGGCUUCGAGGACAGCACCUCCAAUCUUCACAGCAGAGUCUACCCUGAUUCCUACUCGAGUCUGGUCCAGCCUCAGGAAGCUGAUAGCCCAGCAGAGUACCCCGGAAGUUACUUGUUCGCUAAUCGCGAAGCUGGUAACGCGAUGCGACGUAAACGCGGCGGAUUCGAUUCAAAAAGAAGGAAGCGCGCCCUGCUGGAACCCGCCAAUGAGAACAAGAUGGAGUCGGUGGCGUCGCUAGUAGGCAGCUCCCAGGAGCUGAGUCCAAAACUCGCGAACGAGUACAAGGAAGCCUUCGGUGGACUUCAGGCCGACCCUGGAGGAGCUCUUGCCAGGUUCAAAAGGAUCAAACGCGUCCUUCGCGUAUCCUGAGUGACAACCGGACCAGGAUCAUUCUCGCCGGAACAUUUAGUGCGAGAGGAUCGAUCUAGGAUUGGGAAUGUUCAAUGAAUUCUCACAGGGGAUAGACGCGUGCGUUCGCGCACGCGCGGCUUAGAAAAUCUUCGAAGAUUGAAGAUAUUUAAUGCAGCCUAGUUCCUUAUAAAUUCUCACAAAAGACGGAUUUUCGAAAUUCCUAGAACUAGUUUAUUACUAAACCCUACCUUCGCUCUACCGACGAAACAUACGAAACGUCUCUGUGAUUCUCGUAAAUUUUCAAGUCACGUGGUCACGCACCAACACGUGUCUGAGUCUAUACGCAUGGACACGUGGUCGCACAUAGCCGAGCACAGCAACAAUGGUAAAAACGCACGUGCACGAGUCCAUGCACAUGUCGUCCAUCGUUAUCAAAGAAUUUUCACUCUUGGAAGACAAUUCCAGAAUCUUGAGGGAUUAACCCAUCACAAAAUCACAUGUCAAUACGAAUCGCUAAUAAAUAAUUUGACUGAUUGAUCGAA